GAUAAUUGCCCACACAACCAGGUUGCAAUGCCAUCAGCUACAGGGUACUUGACUUGCUUUAUAUUGGACGUAAGACACGGAAAGUCAAGCGACAAACGAGCCCAUUAUUUGUUGCUGGAUGAAGAAGGAUGUAUUAACUGAGCGAAUUUCUUGAUGAAUAUCCACAGGUUCUCGUGGGACGGGGAACUGGCUUUGACUCAUCUUUUAUCGUGCUUUAGGUCAAGACCCAGAAUAUUCUACCACCUUCACACACCCCCGCCUUGGAACAAACCAACAGGAAAGCUCAACAUAAGAUCAUUCAGCAUGGCUUCAAGCGACCCGCCAACGGUGGAAUGGACGUCCAAAAAAGUUCGAGAUACAUUUCUCCAAUAUUUUAAGGGAAAUGGCCAUACAUUUGUUCCCUCGUCGCCUGUUGUGCCUCACGCCGACCCAACACUGCUAUUUACCAAUGCUGGAAUGAACCAGUUCAAGUCUAUCUUCUUGGGCACAGUUGAUCCUCAAUCCGACUUUGCCAACCUUAGAAGUGCAGUCAACUCUCAGAAGUGCAUUCGCGCCGGAGGAAAACACAAUGUGAUUGACCUUGAUGAUGUUGGCAAGGACAGUUAUCACCAUACCUUCUUUGAAAUGCUCGGUAACUGGAGUUUCGGUGACUACUUCAAGAAAGAGGCAAUUUGCUAUUCCUGGGAGUUGUUGACCAAAGUAUAUGGACUGGAUCCUCAGCGCCUCUACGUUACAUACUUUGAAGGCAAUAAGGAAGGAGGCCUGGAGCCCGAUUUUGAGGCGAAGGAGCUUUGGAAAUCCGUGGGCGUCCCAGAAGAUCACAUUCUUCCUGGAAACAUGAAGGACAACUUCUGGGAAAUGGGUGAUCAAGGCCCUUGUGGACCCUGCAGUGAGAUCCAUUAUGACCGUAUUGGUGGACGUAAUGCUGCCCACCUUGUCAAUCAAGACGACCCCAACGUUCUUGAGAUAUGGAACAACGUCUUCAUACAGUAUAAUCGCGAGUCAGACCGGUCUCUACGGCCACUUCCCAACAAGCAUGUCGACACUGGGAUGGGAUUCGAGAGACUCGUAUCGGUACUGCAAGACAAGCUGUCUAAUUAUGACACGGACGUUUUUUCACCUCUAUUCCAGGUUAUCAAGGAUGUCACCGGAGCCCGCGAAUAUCGCGGGAAAUUUGGCGCCGACGACGCCGACGGCAUAGAUACUGCGUACCGUGUCAUCGCAGAUCACGUCCGUACCCUGAUGUUUGCUAUCUCAGAUGGCGUGAUGCCCAACAACGAGGGCCGUGGGUAUGUUAUUCGCCGAGUGUUGCGUAGAGGGGCACGCUACGCUCGCAAGUACUUCCAGGUGGAGAUUGGAAGCUUUUUCUCGAAGCUUGUCCCUACUAUUGUGAGACAACUCGGCGACAUGUUCCCAGAGCUGAAGAAAAAGCAGUUUGACGUUAUGGAAAUCCUUGACGAGGAGGAGAUGUCUUUCGCAAAGACACUCGAUCGUGGUGAGCGCCAGUUUGAACAUUAUGCUCAGCAAGCCAAGGCCAAAGGGGAUGAGAAACUUCAUGGCGCCGACGUCUGGAGACUGUAUGAUACCUUCGGUUUCCCUGUCGACUUAACCCGCAUCAUGGCAGAAGAACGUGGAUUGCAGAUCGACGAUAGGGAAUUUGAGGAGGCGCGCCUCAAAGCGAAGGAAGCGAGUAAGGGCCAAAAAAAAGCGGCAGCCGAUACAGUCAAGUUGGACGUUCAUGACUUGGGCAAGCUAGAAAUGAUGAGUGACGUUACCAAGACCGACGAUACGGCCAAGUUUGGCAAGGGCAACAUCAACGCCCAAGUGAAGGCCAUCUAUCAAGGUAAAGCAUUCCACUCGUCCACCGCAGACAUAUCCGACGGUGAACAACUUGGAAUUAUUCUUGACCGCACCAACUUUUACGCGGAGCAGGGUGGGCAAGAGAAUGACACCGGCAGAAUUAUCAUUGAUGGCAAAGCCGAGCUUGAGGUUGGUGAUGUUCAGCUUUAUGCUGGCUAUGUCCUUCACACAGGUUUCAUGAAAUAUGGGUCACUAGCUGUUGGAGAUACGGUUAUUUGCGAGUACGACGAACUCCGUCGGUGGCCAAUUCGCAAUAAUCAUACGGGCACACAUAUCCUCAAUUUCGCGCUAAAGUCAGUAUUGGGUGACGGUAUCGAGCAAAAGGGCUCCCUUGUUGCGGCCGAAAAGCUUAGGUUCGACUUUUCUUACAAAUCGCCUAUAACGGACAAAGAUCUGGCGAGAAUCGAGGAGAUAUCGACUGAGUAUAUUCGUCAAAAUUGUGCGGUCUACUCGCAAGAGGUUCCUCUCGCUACUGCUCGCCAAAUUUCAGGAGUCCGGGCCGUAUUUGGGGAAACGUAUCCCGAUCCUGUCCGUGUUGUCUCUGUUGGAGUGGAGAUUGGAGAGAUCCUAGAAAAUGUGAAAGAUCCGAGAUGGGAUGAAGUGAGUAUUGAAUUCUGCGGUGGAACCCACGUGCAGAAAACAGGUGAUAUCAAGGACCUCAUCAUUCUCGAAGAAGGAGGUAUCGCUAAAGGGAUUCGCCGCAUCAUUGCUGUCACUGGAGAAGAUGCGCACACCGUACAGCGCCUUGCAGAGGACUUUAGGAAGCGUCUCGAUCGCCUUGAGGCCAUGCCCCUUGGCUCGGAUAAAGAGAAGGAUGCAAAGCAGAUCCAGGCGGAGCUGAAUCAGCUGUCAAUCUCAGCUCUCCAGAAGUCUGGCUUCCGAGAACGCUUCGCUCGCAUCAAUAAACAGAUUCUCGAUGACCAAAAGGCGCAGCAGAAGCUUGAGUCCAAAACCGCUGUCGAAAGUGUUACUAGCUAUUUCCAGGACCCAGCAAACAGCGACAAGUCUUGGCUUGUGGCUCAGCUUCCUAUUUCCGCCAACGCUAAGGCUGUCAGCGAAGCGAUUAAUUAUGUCAAGGCAAAAUUGUCUGACAAAACCGUCUAUGUCCUGGCUGCAAGCCCAGAGCAAGGCCGUGUAGCACAUGGUUGUCAUGUCUCUAAGGCAACAAGUGAUCAAGGCGCUUCUGCCACGGAGUGGGCCACUGUUGUGUCUAGUGCAGUCGGAGGCAAGGCUGGAGGCAAGGGUCCCACUUCUGUUGGCAACGGCGUGAACCCUGAUAAGGUUGAUGAAGCCAUAAAUCUGGCAUGCGACUAUAUCACUAAGUUCAAACUCUAGAAUGUUUACAGUUUUAUGUUUGGCCAUCAAAAGUUGCCAGAUUUACUUGUGCUUUUGUUCACAUUCCUUCCCUCCCACGAGGGAU